AUGACAAUGGGAACUAAUAAUAAUAAUAAUAACAACCAAUCGAUCGACACACCCAAUAAUAAUAAUAUUAAUAAUGUAAACUUAAAGACGAACCAACAGCAACAACCAAAACAAACAGAUUAUGAAUCACAAAUUAAACAGUUUAUUACAGGUGGUUUGGCAGGUAUGAUGGCUGCUGCUGUCACUCACCCAAUCGAUUCAUUAAAGGUUAGAAUGCAAUUACAAGGUGAACUUUCUAGCAAUCCAAUGACUGCAUCCUCUCAACAACUAUUGAAUCAAACACCAAAGGGUUCUUUUAGUAUGCUUAAACAUAUUCAUGAAACUGAAGACAAAUAUGCAUUGCUUACCAUACCUAAUCUAUCAUAUACCUAUAGUCUAUCAGCAUCACUCCUAAGACAAGCUACUUAUACAACAACAAGAUUUGGAUUAUAUGAUGUUUUUAAAAAUCUAUUACUCUCGUCUGAAAAGAAUAAGUCAAUUCCAUUUCAUAAAAAGGUUAUGGUUGGAAUGUUGGCCGGUGCGGGUGGAGCGAUUGUUGGAACACCAGCAGAUGUUAUUAUGGUUCGUAUGCAGGCAGAUGGCAAGUUACCUCCUGAUCAAAGAAGAAAUUAUAAAAGUGCAUUCAAUGGAAUAUCUAGAAUAACAAAAGAAGAAGGUUUCUUUUCUUUAUGGCGUGGUUGCUCACCAAACAUUUUAAGAUCUAUGUUUAUGACUGCUGGUCAAAUUUCAUCAUAUGACCAAGCAAAACAAAUGAUGUUGGAAAGUGGAUAUUUUGUAGAUAACAUUCAAACACACUUGAUAGCAAGUACCAUAGCUGCAUUUGUUGCAUCACUCGUUACAAGUCCAUUGGAUGUAGUAAAGACUAGGAUUAUGAACACAAAGACUACCACUAGUGGAUCAUCCUCUGUAGAUGCACCCAGAUAUAAGGGAUCGAAUUAA